AGUUGCUGCUAACUGCCCUGGGGUGUGUGAGGGAGAGAGAGGGAGAGAGAAAGAGAGAGAGUGAGCAAGCGAGCUAGAAAAGAGGUGGAGGGGGGAGGAAUAAGAUAGAGGAGGAAAGGAGAGAAGGCAGGAAGAAGGCAGGGACCACUAUGCUGUCCUGUCUGAGAACCAAAGCGGUGGGGAAAAUUGCUGAGGACCAAAAGAUUGAACAAGACAGAAUCAAACCAGAAGACCGAGCUCAGAGGGCCGCGACCCAGAUUCAGGCUCGCUUCCGCGGCUACCUAACAAGGAAAAGGCUCAGAGGAGAGAAGAAGGGCGAUGCCCAAGCUGCUGAGGCCAAAGCCAAGGAGAAGGAGGAGGGAGCCCCCGCUGCCGACGGGGUGGGGACGGAGAAGGCACAAGGCCCGGCUGCCGAAGAGGUCCCGGCCACUGGCCCCGAGGCCCAGGAGCCCGGCAAAGCAGGAGACACCCCUUCCCAGGAGAAGCAAGCGCAGGGCGCCCCCGACGGUGCCCUCGAGCAGGCGGCCACCCAGGCUCCUGCCCCCUCGGAGGAGAUGGACGGCUCCGCUGAAAUGUCCGCGGACAACUCGCCGUCCUCCAGGGCCGAGGACGUGCCCGCCAAGGAGGAGCCACAACCAGCCGACGACGUGCCUGCUGCUGCCACCACCCCUGCUGCAGAGGACCCUGCCGUCGAGGCAACAGCCCAGCCUCGGACGGAGCCUGCCGAGAGCAGCUAAGCUCCAGAGAAGAUAGAAGCUGCAGAUGAACCAAACCUCAGGACAAUGGCCGGCAGGAUGAGGGUCACGAAGAACGGGAGGCUGACCAGGAACAUGCCUGAAUUCUAGGAAAUGGCUUUCCACGUCCGCACCCUCCCCUCUCCUGAGCCCUGUCUCUCCUGCCCUCUCUCAACUCCACUCUGAAGUUUCCCUUCCUGUCCUGCUCACGUCUGAUGAGUCUGUCCUCUCCCGCCCACUAGCCCUCUUUCUCUCUGUGUGGCAAACAUUUAAAAAAAAAAAAAAAAAAAAAAAAGCAGAA